AGUACUUUUGCUCAUAGGCCGAAACAUUUUUAAUCCGGAAGCAGUAACUAUAAACUUCCGCUAAAAAUGGAAACAUUGAAAAGUUUAACGGGACCUCUCGUGUUGGCUCGAACACGCGCGCCCGAUCUAGAAAGUGUCCGGAAACUGAAUUGCUGGGGAUCAGAAAUUGAAGAUAUCAGUGUUGUCAGACAGAUGCCAAACCUAGAAGUGUGCAGUGUCAGUGUGAAUGAAAUCACAACUCUACAAGACUUUGAAGACUGUGUCAACCUCCAGGAGCUGUACAUUCGUAACAACAAAAUAGAACACUUGCAUGAAAUAUGUUACUUAAAAAAGUGUGAAAAACUACGAAUAUUGUGGUUAGCUGACAAUCCAUGUGCAAAUGUAGACAAUUACAGAAAGACAGUUUUAAGGAAUUUACCUAAUUUACAAAAAUUAGACAAUGUAUCUGUUGAACCUGAGGAGAUUGAAGAAGCCAAUGAGAAAGGGGAAGAACUCUCAUUGCCUGACACAGAAGUGAAGCCAGAGUCACCUGCCCCUGACCAGGAGAAACUGACCAAUGGGGAGGCCGGAGGGGCAGAGGGAGGAGACACGCCCAAUAAUCCACCAAAUCAGAAGGAUCCACUGUCUGUUACAUUGGACGAGACAAAUAAGAUCCGGGAGCAGUUUGGGCUGAAGCCAUUGCCCAUACAGAAGAUUGGCUCUCCGAAGUCUGCACCCACAUCCUCAACCAGGGCAAGGAACUCCCACAUCCUACAGGCCAUGUUGAUCUUGAUGAAGGAGCUGGACAGAGACACUCUGGAAAUUCUCGACACUGCCAUCAGAAAACGCCUUGAAUCUCUAUAGUAACAAAGGGAACAAAGUCCAUGUGUAUACAAUUUCUUUUACUGACAAAGUUCUAUUAUAUGGAUUAACACCAAUCACCGACUCUACCAUUUGUCUACCUUUGAUCUGAGCCUUGCUUGUGAGUGUCAGUGGCAGAUGCAUACAUUCAUUUUGGCAAUUUUGAACUCAUUUUUCAAAGAUUAUAUGCUUUUUAAAGAGUUGGCAUACUGCCAAAGCCUUGAUGGUGUCGUAAGCAUCAUUGUGCAAGAACUUAAGUUGACCUUGAAAGAAAAUUGUUCAAGACAUUCAAGUAAAUACUUUUGUUGCCAGGACAAUAUGCACAUUCAUGGAAAGGUUAAUAACUCCGGCUUUAACAAUUGUAGAGUAAUGCCCCUUGGGGGAAAAACUUAAGACAAGCGUUGGUGUUUGCUCUGCAGAGCUCUUGUUUGUUGGAUUUUGUUCAUGGUGUAAUCAGAAGGAUCCAAAGUUUAAAGAUGAAAUCACUGCCAGUACAUUCAUUGUGUAAAGGGACUACACACCAGAUGAAACAAUUGCAAGAAAAAAAGAAAAUUGUGAAAAACUUACAUAAAAUUGAUAUUGAUGUGAACAAUGCAUUGAAUCUUACUAAACUGAUUUAUCACAUUUCUUCAACACCUGUAUCUUUUGAAGUUUUUGUGUUUUUCAACUGAAAAUUUACUGGGUUUGUCUACCAUGUAAAUACCAGUUUAUUUAAAAAUCAAGUUGGUAUUUGUAUCUGUAUUGAACCUGUGACUUUCACAUGCUAAAUAUACAAAUUAUAACCUUGGAAACCAUUAUACACUAUUUUUAAAUGGGUAAACUCAGCUGAGACAGCAACAAAGUUUUUUUUAAUCAAGUAAAGUGAUGUAUUAUCAGCAUCAUACUAGCUCAAAUUGGCAAUUCUGGGCAUGUUUUGAGGAAAUACUGUAUUUGCCAAUGUUGGUACCAUCUGGUGUCAAGUCCCUUGAAUUACAGUAUGAAAAUUUUCAUUUUUUGCAUAGUGCCUUUUUAUAUUUAUCAAACAAUGAUUAGUUCAGCUCAACAUAUGUUUUUGUUGUUGUUUUUCAGAGGUUUAACACAGUCUUACUCUGUAUUGUUGUUAACGAUUUAGGCAGAUCUACUUUACAAAGAUUUUUUCAAGUGCUGAUCUUUUAUUAUAUGACAGCCAUGAACUUAACCUUUAUUAGAGAAACUAGCUAACACUAAAAUGGAUUCAUAUGCAGUUUAGUGUGCGUUAAUUCUUCGUUAAUGGGUUCAUUAUUAAGUCUAUUGCAUAAUCUGUAUGUUAUAGUUAUUGUUUAUUGUUUCUUUACUUAAGCAUUAAAUUGGCAUUAGCCUGGUGCAGUGUUUGGUGCGAAUGUCUAUGAACAAGCCAGUGUGUAUACGCAAACAUCUAACUUACCCACUGGAUAAAAACAGUUAAUGACGAAAUGGUUUCUUAAGAAGCUUUCUAAAUGAUCCAAUUAGAAUCUGUCCUGCGAUCUCGUUGGUGAACACUUAAAAAAUGAACUCCACAAGGUGCUAUGUACAUAUAGAUAUGAGUCUCAUCACAAUAUAUCCAUUAAACUAUUGUUUUAAAGAGUUACCAUGUUUUGUACAGUUUUAUUAAAUUAUUCUUUUGUAGCAUAUUACAAAUUGAUUAAAAUUAUCUGGAUGAUAUUGUUUCAUACAUGUUUAACCACAUCUUGAGUUCUUGGCAUUACAUUAAGUGUGAGUUAUUCUGUAAUGGAGUUCUAUUAUCUGUGUUUCAUCAAAUCUCAUAUUACUUUGUGAUAUUAUAUUAUAAAGUGAGUCACUGUGCUUUAAUUAAUGUCCUGUCAUUUCACAAGUUUGUAACCGCAUGUGCUAUUUUCCGUCCUUGAUUUAUUACAUGUCUCAGCUUAUAUUCACAUACAGUUCUUAUCUUGCAUUUCAAUCCAUAUAUCAUAUAUUGAUAUUUUGUGUCCCCUGCCAAGCAUGGCAGACAAGUAGGAAGUAUUUUUUCCGGAGCAUCGUUGUUGGCAACACACUUUUGCUUCCGAUGAACAGCUUUAGAAUGACUUUUUGUAGAGUCUUCAAACUUGAUAUGCACAAUUGCCAUGGUCAGUUGAUGACCCCUAUGUCAUUUGGGUCAAAGUUCAAAGUUAUGGUGACCGAUAGCCAACACAACCUGUAUGUGGAAUUUUAGUGUAUUGUAUUGUGCUAUAUUCAUAAGCAUUAUGCUAUAACCAUGAGCAUUAUGCUAUAUUCAUGAGCAUAAUGCUAUAUUCAUGAACACUGUUAUAUUCAUGAACAUGAUGCUAUAUUCAUGAGCAUAAUGCUGUAUACAUUAGCAUUAUGCUAUAUUCAUGGGCACUGUGUUAUAUCCAUGAGCAUUCUGUUUUAUUCAUGUGCAUUAUGUUAGAUUCAUGAGCAGUAUGCUAUAUUCAUGAGUAUUCUGUCAUGUUCAAGAGCACUAUGUUUUAUUCAUGAGCACUAUGUUAUAUUCAUGAUCAUUCUUUUUUACUGAAACUCAAGAGAAUGCUGAACAUUCCUUUGCAUACAUUAAUCUGCAGUUUAUUACUUCGUUUUAUUAGGAAAGCAAGUUUUAUUGGCAUAGUUGUUAUGUUUUAAUGUUCAAACAGCAAUAAAUUUGCAUAAACCAAAGUUUAGUUACAGAUUUGCAUUUUACCAGUUUAUUUACUUUUGCCUUUAUGUAACCUAUGAAACCACACU